AGAGAAAGAGAGAGAGCGCCAGAGUACUACACCCUGCUUGGUUUCUCUGUCCAGCUUUUCCCAAUCCAAAGCUGCAAGCCUUGGCACGGGCUGUCGGCUUUUUCUUCUGCCGCUUCUUCUUCUUCUUUGGCUCCUCUGUCGCAGAUACCUCUUCUUCCUUCUCCAUUCCCUCGCACUUCUUCUUGCCCCACGCCCCGCCCCCCGAGCUCCACCUGCGCCGGCCCCAGCACCUCCGGCCCGUCCCCGAGCUCCACCCGCGCCUCCCCUGCCCUGCCCAAAGGUUCACCUCCGGCAGCACACUUCGUUCCCAAAAAUCACGGUUCGAGCCCUCUACGUACGUACGUACAUACCCCACACGGCCGGAGGAAAACUGGAAAGGCGCCGUAUCCAUCUUGCUCUUUCCUUUCGCGAGUCUCCACUGCCCCGCCGCAGCAGGGAUUCGGGAUCGGCCGAGCGGAUUUCCUUCCGUUUCCACGGCACCAGGAUCCCAUCCUUUUCUUUCUUUCCAAAAAUCCCGUCCUUCCUGCCUCUUUUCUCCUAGACCAGAGCCAGCCUGUGUGCCUCCUGUGAGCGGGCUGACCAUGGAGUGGGACAAGGCCGCCGCGGCGGCGGCGGCGGGCGGCGAGCCGGCGGAGGAGAGGGGCGAGGCGCUGGGGUACGUCAAGGUGAUGACGGACGAGCAGAUGGAGGUGCUCCGGAAGCAGAUCUCCAUCUACGCCACCAUCUGCGAGCAGCUCGUCGAGAUGCACCGCGCCCUCACCGCGCACCAGGACUCCAUUGCAGGUAUGAGGCUUGGUAAUCUGUACUGUGAUCCUCUAAUGGUUCACGGAGGCCACAAGAUCACAGCGAGGCAGCGGUGGACACCGACCCAGAUGCAGCUGCAGAUCCUUGAGAGCAUUUUUGACCAAGGAAAUGGAACACCAAGCAAGCAAAAGAUAAAGGAUAUCACAGCAGAGCUCUCGCAGCACGGCCAGAUUUCAGAGACCAAUGUCUACAACUGGUUCCAGAACAGACGUGCACGCUCGAAGCGGAAGCAGGCAGCUUCUUCUCUACCAAGUAACACCGAAUCGGAGGCUGAGGGAGAUGAGGAUUCACCGACCGACAAGAAGCCUAGAUCAGACGGGUCGCAGCAGCAGGGCAUGGCUGCGAGGGCUCACAAUCCCGAGAGGAUCUCGGAGAUGCACCGUCACUUUGACGCGGCAGAGCGUGAGCAGGUCCGCGGUCCAAUGUAUGGGUCCAGCAAUGACAAUGGCCUGAGACCGUCGGGCGGUCUGGGCCAGAUGUCCUUCUACGAGAACGUCAUGUCGAAUCCAAGAAUUGACCAGUUCUUCCAGUACCGGACGGGCGAAAGCUUCGACAUGUCUGGGUGACACGGCAUGUUGUUUGGCUGACAGGAAUUGGGGUCUGAGAAGCUUUCCUUAGUGUAAAAAGCAGCAUGCGUUGGUUAUCAGGGUAUUGUCGACAUCCUCCUGAGAGUAGUUUAGCUCGAGUGGAAUUGGUUUGAUUUUCUCGUGGAAAUAGUUUGAGAAGCUGAUAUAUACAGUAUUUGCCCUUAGCCUAUAAAUUAACUUCAAGUGUUGGUAUGCAGACUCUGGGUUCGCAGUUUUACAAGGUAAGCUGUUUUGGGUGUUCA